UACACAUACAUUUACAUUUAUGGAUUUAUCUGAAAUACGACCUCAUGAUAAACCACAAUCGCCCUCCGCUUCGAUGAUAUCAGCCGAACUCAUUCAAGUAUCCAUUGAAAAUCUCGUCAAAUCAUACAAAACAAGGCAAAAAUGGGGGUUUUUCUCAGGAUCAACAAAACAAAGCUCAAACAAGAAACCACCAUGGCGAAUUCACUUAACAAGUUUCCUAGAAUCAACCCCCGUUCAUAUUAUCGCCAUCAUAUUGCUUCUAGUUGAUCUUAUUAUGGUAGUUCUUGAACUCUCGAAAACUCUGGUUUCUUGCCCCACAAGCACGAAGAUUAACAAGAAAGUAGAUUUUUGGUAUCACUGGGUAGGAAUUGGAAUCUUGAUAAUUCUUGCUACCAAGAGUGUGGCAUUAGUAGUAGGGUGUGGAAGUUCGUUUUUCAAACGCCCGGGGUUAGUAGCCGAUGGUGUGGUUUUAAUUGGGGCAUUGUUGUCAGAAAUUUUGCUGGAACGUGUAGGGGUCGGGUUAAUUGUUGUGGUGAGCUUGUGGCGGGUAUUGAGAGUUGUGGAAAGCGUUUUUGAGCUGAGUGAUGAAGCUAUUGAAGUGCAGAUAACAAAUAUAUUGUGUCAGCUAGAGUUGCUUCAUGAAGAAAACGAAAAACUCACAAGGACUGUAUCCGAAAAGGACAAGAUCAUAGAAGAACUGCAAAAAGAACUUGAUAAACGCUUUUAGAUGCAUUCAAAACUAUCAACUGAUCGAUGAUAGUUUAAUGUUUAUCAUACUAACUCACAAUAUAUGUCCGCAUAAUUGUAGGAUCAUCAU